AUGUCGGAAGCUACUGAUUCUGGCGUUGAAGCCCUACUGUGCCUGAAAGAAAACCCACCUUCAUUCCUUGUACCAAAUCCAACCCUAUCUGAGACUGCUCGUGCUGCAUCCAAACACCUAUUCUCCUCCCUCGGACCCUUCUCCUCAAAAUCACCACUGCACCAACUCCUCACCGACGGCUACGAUGCUGAGCAGAUUUGGCAUCAAAUUGAUCUCCAAUCACAGCCGCUAUUAUCCACUCUUCGCCGUCGGUUGAAUCAGCUAGUAAAAAAUCCUGAAGAAAUUGCGCAGUUGAAGGUUCCUUUGGACGGUGCUAACAAGGCGGAGCCAAAGGAGCAAGAAAGGUGGAGAGGAGAAAGUGGCGGUUUUGAUGAGGGAUUGGAUGAAGCUGAUGAAGACGAGGAUGAUUUUGAAGGGUUAGAAGAUGAGAUGGAAAAAGGAGAAACUGAAGCAGAAGAGGAGAAUGAUGAAGAAGAGAAAGGUGAAGGUGGCAGCAUUGAAGAUAAAUUUAUGAAAAUAGAUGAAUUGAAUGAUUAUUUACAAAAAGAGGAAGAUAAUUACGAGAAGGGUGAGGACAGUGAAGAUGAUGACAACCUUGAGAAGAUUGAUGAUGAUGAGGAUGAUAAUGAUGAAGAAAAUGUAGAAGAUAUAGAAGCACAAGCCAUAUAUGCAAGGUACGAUGACUUCUUUGGACGUAAAAAAGAAAAGGGCUCAAAAAGAAAACAACAAUUGCUAGAGGAUAAAAAAGAAAAGGCCUCAAAAAGCAAAGAACAAUUGACCUCUUCUAGCCAUGAAAAGCAGCUGGAAAAAAUUCAAUCCAACAUAAAGCUGAUGGAGAAAGCUAACAUAGAGCCAAAAACUUGGACUAUGCUGGGCGAGGUAACAGCUUCAAAGAGACCCGUGAAUAGUGCUUUGGAAGUUGAUCUUGACUUUCAGCAUAACGUGAGACCUCCUCCUGUAAUCACUGAGGACAUCAAUUCUUCAAUUGAGGAAAUGAUCAAGAAAAGGAUUAUUGAGGGGAGGUUUGAUGAUGUUAAAAGAACUCCUAAAUUGCCAUUGAAAGCGCCUCAGGAAGUUAGAGAAUUGGAUGAUAAUAAAAGUAAGCAGGGUCUAGCAGAAAUUUAUGAGCAAGAAUAUGUUCAAAAGAUUCACCCCACUUCAGCUCCGUUGUCACACCAAGAUAAACUAAAAAAUCAGGCAAGCAUGUUGUUUAAGAAGAUCUCUCUGAAAAUGGACGCCCUUACUCAUUUCAACUUUGCUCCAAAACCUGUUAUAGAGGACAUGUCCUUUGAAAGAAAAGUACCUGCUCUGGCAAUGGAAGAAAUUGCUCCUGUGGCUGUUUCAAAUGCUGCUAUGAUGGCCCCUGAGGAGAUUUUUUAUGGUAAGGGAGAUGUUAAGGAAGAAGCAGAACUUACACAGACAGAGAGGAAAAGGAGGAGAGCUAAUAAGAAAAGAAAAUUUAAAGCUGAGGCAACAGAAAGGUCGGAAAAGAAGGCGAAGUUGGAAAAGUAG